AUGGAAGGAGAAGCCAAGAAGAAGCACGGAAGACACUUUUCCCCGAAAUCUGAAACUAUAAAAUCGCCUUAUAUAGCAGUGAUGAGCUCUUUUAAGAAGGAACAUCCGUUUGAAAAGCGUCAGGCCGAGGCUCAGCGCAUCCGAUCUAAGUAUCCUGAUCGAAUUCCGGUCAUUUGUGAAAAGGCGGACCGGAGUGACAUUCCAGAUAUUGACAAAAAGAAGUACCUGGUGCCGGCCGACUUGACUGUUGGUCAAUUUGUUUACGUCAUUCGAAAGCGCAUCAAAUUGAGUCCUGAGAAGGCCAUCUUUAUUUUUAUAAACAACGUUCUUCCACCUACCGCUGCGUUAAUGUCAAACAUUUACGAAGAACAGAAAGACGUAGAUGGGUUUCUUUACAUCACCUAUAGCGGCGAGAACACUUUUGGCCAUAAGGCUGCUCAUGUUGUCGGCGUCUAG